GGGAAGUCAUGACAAUAUUUCCACAUUCACCGAUCAGGACAUCCUGGAUGAGCGGCUGAUGUAUGUGCACGAUGACUCUGAGACCCAGUGUGAUGAAUUCCUCCUUGUGGCCUCCCCUACAGGACCAGGCCAGGAGGGAGUGGCCAGGGAUCUCCGUAGGGAGCAUCUGUCCGCAGAGAUCAAGGUCACUGUUUCUGUGGAGUUAAAGAAUGAUGAGAAACCGGUGCGCGUGGUGGAUAAAGUCUUUCACAUUGUGCGGAACAGCCAGCGCUUACUAACCCUAGCAGAUCUCUGUUACCAUGACCCGGAUUCCGAUUUUGACGAUGGGCAGUUGCUCUACACCCGGCGGGGCAUCCCGAAUGGGGACUUGGUGCGAGCCAGUGACCCGACUCAGAAACUGUACCAGUUCAGGCAGGACGACCUGCGGGCGGGGCACGUGCUCUUCAGGCAUCGAGGUGCGGACUUCGCCCGCUUUGUGCUGUUUGUGACAGACGGUGUCCACACUACAUCGUCCCUUCUCGAGGUCAGUGUGUCAGACCCCUACGUGCGUAUAGCCAACAACACGGGGCUGCUCGUGCAGAGAGGAAAGGACAGCAGCCUAACGACUGCCAAUCUCAGUGUCACCACAAACCAAGAUGUCAGAACAGAUGGCGAGAUCAGAUUCCACAUUGCGUGGCCUCCAGAGCAUGGCAGAGUGCUGGUCAGCAGCUCAAGGGCUGGCUCAUUCUCUCUACAUGACUUGAAGCAAGGACAUGUGAUUUAUAGGCAUGACGGCAGCGGCAGCUUCGAUGUGUUCAACCUGACAGUGAAAGUUAAAGAUACAUAUUUAGAAGUGGGCGUCUAUGUGCAUGUGGACUCAGAAAGCCACCAGCAUCACACCCAAAUUCUGCACAGCAAGACCCUUGUUGUUGAAGAAGGAAAACCAGUAAAACUGAGUAGAAUACUCCAGGCUGUACAUGAAGAUAAUAUUCCUUCAGAGGCAAUGUUCAUUGUUAGAACUCCACCCAUGCAUGGAUACCUCCGAAAAUCUUUACCAGAAGAAGGCAGCUUGGGUGCAGAUGAAAAGUCUCCUUUGAGUUUUACACAGCAGGACAUUGAUGAUGGUUAUAUCCAUUAUGUACAGACAGCUCCUGACCAACUACAGGACCAGUUUUUACUGGAUGUGAUGAGUGGCUUCCAAGCUGUGAGUAGAGUUGAAAUCUUGGUGGAUAUUGUCCCUAAGCAGAUUCCUCUGGAGGCACAAAAUUUCACAGUGCAAGAAGGUGGUUCCAAAACACUUUCAGAAGACUACUUCAAAAUUCCAAGCAAGCAUUUUGCUGGACUUGACUGUGAAUUUUUUCUACUCAAACCACCAAAACACGGUUAUGUUCAAAAUUCUCAUUUUCCAAGAGUGAAGCUUAUGAAAUUUACCAGGAAACAGGUGGAAAAUGAAUUGAUUUCCUAUGUUCAUGAUGAUAGUGAAGAGCUUCUUGACAGUUUCACCAUCUUUGCAAAUAGCUCAGAGCUGGGAAAACAGAGUUUGCCCCAGACUGUCUUUGUGACUGUUGAAUCAGUAAAUGAUGAGGCUCCAGUAAUAACAGCCAAUAAAAUCCUCCAGGUGUGGGCGAACUCUGUCACUGAGAUUACCAGUGGUGACCUCUGUGCAGAAGAUGGGGACUCCUCCCUGCAGGACCUUACCUACUUGGUCUCUCCACCCAGCAAUGGACAUUUGGCUCUCAAGUCGUUUCCUGGCCGAAGCAUCCAGAACUUUACCCAGGCUCAAAUCAAUGAAGGCCAGUUAGUGUUUGUACACACUGGAGCGCUGUCAGGAGGCUUUAAUUUUCAGGUUACAGAUGGUAUGAACUUUGCACCAGGACAGAUUUUUAGCAUCACAGCUCGAGCUCUGAUCAUUAGCUUAGAAGUAAACAAAGGACUGAGCAUCUUUCCAGGUUCCAGGAAGCCCCUUUCAUCUCAUGACCUGAGAGCUGUGACCAAUGAUGUGGACAGUGCAGGAAACAGAACUAUUACUUUUACGGUUGUAAGUUCCCCUAGACUUGGGAGGCUGGUGCGAGUAAAUUCUGACAACAGCACAGAGGAUGUUUCCGUGUUUACACAGAAGCUGGUCAGUGAACAGCUGAUAUUUUACCAGCAUGUGGACUGGGAAAACACAGGCUGGACUGCAGAAGACUCUUUCGUGUUCACGGCAUCCUCUCCCCCAGCAGUUCUAGGCCCUGAAGAUUUCCAUAUAACUAUUUCAUAUGAAAUUAAUGAACUUGGUCGGCAGAGUCGUCUGCUUGCAAAUACAGGAGCAGUUGUCAAGGAGGGAAACAAAGUUCUCAUUGACCGAUCUAAGUUAGAUGCUUCCAACCUCUUAUUUAAAUUGCCCAAAUCUCAGCGCUUUUCAUAUGAAAUUUUGUUCCAAGUUACAUCUCUUCCUCACCAUGGAACUAUUAUGGUUGGAGAGAGAAAUAUUACCAAAAGAAAACCCAAUUUCUCCCAGUAUAUAAUUAAUAAAUUUGGAAUCACAUACCUUCAUGAUGACUCUGAAUCACUGGCUGAUAAUUUUACCUUUGCUGUUUGGCCCAAUCCAAAGAGCAAGUCCUCCACUAAGCCAGAGGCUGACUUUCUUGAAGAAAUGUUUAACAUCACCGUCACUCCUGUAAAUGACCAGGCCCCAGAAUUAAAGACAAAAGGGCUUCGGUUGAAGGUUCUUCAGGGCGAUAGGUUGGUUUUAGGACCCAAAAACCUUAAAGUGGAAGAUCUAGACAGUCCUCCAGAGGAUAUCAGGUAUAUGAUCAUCCGUAAUCCUAAUAAUGGCUUUCUGGCAAUGGCUUACCAUCUAGACACAACUGUUCACCAUUUCACACAAGCUGACAUUGAUAACUCUCAGGUGUGGUUCAUACAAGAUGGAAGCCCAUCCUCGGGAGUGUUUUACUUUAGCGUGAGUGAUGGCCAACACCGCCCACUCUACAAGCUCUUCCACCUGGAGGUCAUCCCCGUCUCCAUCACCCUUGUUAACCUCACUGACCUAUUUCUCCCACAAGGCCAGACAACCAUCCCCAUCACCAGUGCUCACCUAUCAGCAAUGACCAAUGGGAGGAGCCCCCAAAUCACCUACAAGAUAACACGGCCCCUCCAACAUGGGCAUCUGCUUAUUGAAAACCAGGCAGUUAUCAGCUUUGGACAGGAGGAUCUGGAUUCAGGAAGGCUCUCUUACCACAUGACAAACCUCACCGCCUCAGAGGACCAGCUACAGUUCUCACUGUUUACAUCAGAAAGCAACCUGACAGGACAAACACUGAGCAUCAGAGUGCAGCCUUUACUGCAGGUUAUGUCAAACCUGACAAUUGUCAACCACGUGGCUCAUCAGCUGAAAAGAAAAGACCUUGAUGCUACUGAGCUUGCGAACAGAACUAACAGUGAUCCUAAAUUUGAAGUGACAGAACCUCCAGUCCAUGGAAGACUUGUACGAAGAGUGGGCCGAGGCACUGUGAUGGAAGACGCUAUUCUGUUCACCCAGAGGGACAUUGACCAAGGACUGCUGAUGCUCAAGUCACACGCCAACCUAACAGGCAUCAGUGCGCUGAAUGACUCCUUCACUUUCUUGCUCAGUGCAGACCACGUACAGCCAGCAAAAGGUUAUCUCCCAUUCACCAUAGUGCCACUUGACCCCUUUAUUUUGCAAACUUUUACCCCUGAUGUUUCUUUAUUAGUCACCACAGAUAACCUUAUGACUUCAGAUCUCUCUCAGGAAAAGUUUGUGGCUUCCUCAGGACCCAUCACACAGACAGGAACUCUGGGGAAGCUGACCCAGACCAGAUGACAGGAAGCAGAUCCCUGGGAACGACUCAGUGGUGAAGACUCCACUCUGGAUGGCAAGGCCUCUCCCACCAGAGUCAUUUGGCCACCAGAUGCCACCAAAGCCAGUCCUGGGGCACCUACUCAGCCCAGGGAGAGCAGUCACCCUCUGAUGGUCAUCGUACCUUUGGCUGUGGUGUUCUUCCUGCUGAUAGUAACUGCAGUGGCCUUGUGUGUCUGGCUGCUAGGCCGGAAGGUGGAAAAGGCAAAACCUCUUAUCAAGCCCCAGACCAACCUAGAACCCACAACCCCAGGUUCUAGGAGAGAAAAGAGCAUAACUGUUCCCACUGUCACAGUGACACCCCUUCUACAAAGUUCCAGCCGUCCUCCAGGAAGUCUUUUCAGAGCCCUACAAUGUCAGCACAUGGAAAAAUCUCCAGUCACUGAGCCCAUGGAAAAAUGUGCUCCCUGGGAAACAUGGGUGAAUCUGAAUCCCGACAUGAUCAAGCUUUGCCGACAAACCAAUCCAGCACUGAAGCACAACCAGUACUGGGUGUAGACUGAGGGUGCUUGUUCCUUACUGACCAACUACUAUGUGCCAGGUAUUGGGAUAGGCACUGGGAUACAAAGGCAAAGAAAUGCUACUUAGGUCAAUUGAGAAAAGCCCAGCCCUUCCAGUCCCUUGGUGCUCAGCUGUAGACCCGUGGUUAGAUGUUAGCAGGUGUUUAUUGUAACUUUUAUACAACACUCAUCUUAUGGGCUUUCCACAAUGAGCUUUGUGUGCCCUCUUCUGGACCUGCUGCUCUGACCAUACAUGAGAUUUUUGUCAAUAUUUAACCCCUUUACCAAGGUGCGACAGAGCAUGCUGGCCUGACUGGGGAUUAACAUGGGAGCUGAGUUAAUGGAGGAAAGCUUUGCACAUUUUUCACUGAUGAUUCACUCUCUCUGAGUGAGUCAGUGAGGAAGUGAAGGAACUGUUUCAGCAAGUAGAAGAGGUAAUUUAUCAAAUCAGUGAGUUUGUUUCUAGUCUUUUCCUCCUUGGAGUCUCUGGGUUUGACUUCCUAAAGCAGGAAAUGCGUUGUUACCCCAGAUAGUGAGACAGUCUGGCCCCCUUUGAAGAUAUUCACUGAACACAUUGCAUUUCAUCAAGAGGCUUUGUCUAUUCUGAUUUGUAAUAUCAAGCCUAUAGUAUUAUUUGAAGCCCUAAGGAAUAGGAAAGUUUGUUAAAUGCUUUUGUGAUGCCUCAAUUUGGCUUAACUUUACAACGAAGUGAAAUAAUGACAAAUUUGUAUUUGACUUGCCUAGUAGAGCCUACCAUAGGCCAACUCAGCUUCAGUUUCCAUAACUGUAAAGUGGAGAUAUCAGUACUUGUAUUAGCUAGGAAUGCUCUGGGUAGCAAAUCACAAGACAUCUGCUACAAGUGGGGCUAAGGUUGGGGAUUGGCAGACCUUUUCUGUGCAGAGACAUAUAGUAAAUGUUUUAGGCUUUGUGGGCCAUGUAUGGUUGUUUUAUUUUUUUAACAACCUUUUAGAAAUGUAAAAACAAUUCUUAGUUCCUAGUUUUGACCCACAGACCAUAGUCUGCCAACCAUUGGUUUAGCUAAGCAAUAAAAGUGUUGAAUUGUUUCAACUAACAAGCAGCCUGAGGUGGACAUUCCAAGGCUGGUUCAGGAGUUCAAAGACAUCAUGAGCACUGAUGCUCUUUUGUUCUUCCUGCUCUACCUUCCCCAGGCUACUGGCGUUUCAUCCCUUUGUUUUGUCCCUUGUGAUGGUGAGAUGGCUGCUGAAGCUCCAAGCAGUAUUGUCACAUUCAAAGGCAAAAAUCCUAGUGGGGAGAAAAGGAGAGGUGGCAAAAAGACUUUUUCUUAGAGAGGAUCUUAUUUAUUAUUAUUUAUUAAUAUUUUUUAAAAAUCUUAAAGCUUUCCCAAACAUUUUCCUCCUUUUAAUGUCUCAUUUGUCUAGAACUGAGCAACAUGAUUCCCACCCCUUGACCAGUCAUCGGCAAAGGGAAAUGGAAUUCUCAUGACUGACCUCUCUUCUGGGGCUGGGAGAGGAUUCUGCCAGGUCAGAGAUCAAUGAAUCAGCCCACCAUGUAAUUAGGGAAGGCUGGGAAAUGGCAAUUAGACAAUGAGUAGAAUCUACUAAGGUAGUGGGGAGGGUAUAGCUCAGUGGUAGAGUGCAUGAUGCUUAGCAAGCAUGAGGUCCUGGGUCCAAUCCCCAGUGCUUCCAUUAAAAAAAAAAAAAAGAAAGAAAGAAAAGGGAAAAAAUAUACAUUAAAAAAUCAACUAAAAUACUCUAAGUAUUGAAAUACUUGGGAAACAAAGCUUUUGAUCUUUCAAAUUGGUGUCUCCUAUAAUAUCUCCUUUUCAUAUUUUAAUGAUUUUCUUGAAGCCAGCGACCAGUGUUUCUAAGGUGGGGAGAGGAAUUUCCCCCUAGGGGGCAUUUGGCAAUGUAAGGAGACAUUUUUCGUUUUCAUGACCAGUGCUGCUGGCAUCUAGUGAGUACAGACCAAGGACCCUGCUAAAUAUCCAACAAUGCACACACAGGACAGCCCCCACAACAAAGAAUUAUCUGGCCCAAAAUGUCAGUAAUGCCAAGGUUGAGAAACCCUGGUUAAAGUCAUAGUUAAGUUUCCCUUCAUACCCAGUGAAGGAUUAAUAAGCCCAUUACCAAGUCUAGGCAAAAACUGUAUCCUAAAAAUAGAAUGGAAAGGUGAAAAUUCCAAAGUGUGUUUGAAACUGAUUAGCUAAUGGUAAACAUGAACAUUUUUUAAAGAGAUUGUAUUAAAAACCAAACAAAACUUGAGCAGACUCAUUUCUCUAUAUUCCAUGUCUAAGGAAAAAUUUUUGCCUUGUAUUAACAGGUGGAACACAUCAGGAAAAAAAGAGAAAAUAUGGGGUAGGAUAUUUACAAAGGUUGCUUUUCUCUCCCCACCAAAAUUUAACUGCUCUUUAUGGAAACAGAUUUCACAGUCUACAGAAUAAAUGGAAGCACAGCAUAUGUGGGCCUAGAGACAACUACCCUUGUCUUAGAUCCCUGGCUCCAAUGCUACAACUUGCCACCAUCCCUGGCCAUGGACAAUUGUUGCCAAUGAAGACAUCUCUAUUCUUCUUCUGAAAGCAAUUCUCUCCUGCAUUUCUGGAUUCUGAGUUUUACAUAGUCCCUCUCAACUGUUUUUUGUAUUUGAUCCCCUUAGAAAGGAGGAGGAAUGAGAGUCUUAACCCAAGGUUGGCUUAAUCACUGUACAACUCAGAAGUGUUCUUGGGCCUGUUCUAAGCAGCUGGGCACUCAGAAGAAGCAGAAUAAGUUGUGUGAGCUCAUACACAGAAAGAGAAGGCUGAGGAGCAUCUCUGCAUGCAGCAAGUGGGUUUUGCUCUCCCUCAACUAGGCAAGGAGAAUGCCUGUUCUUUGUGGAAGAGCCAGACAUACUUGGCUCUGUGAUCACGUUGGCCUCUUCCUUACUUCAGCCAUAAAAUCUCUGGAGCUAGGAUUACCAGCCUAGCCAAACAGAAAAAAAGUCUGCUUUCACUCCUCUUUUUCCUGUUAACUCUGCUACUCUAGACAAAAAAAAUUUGGUGUCAUAUUGGAAUGAGACCCAUACCAAUACUUUAAAAUGAUAAUUCAUGUUGUUUGUGAGUGUGCCUGCUAGAGCAAGAAUGUCAGUGUGAGAUCCAGAUGUCAAGACUCGGUCAUGAAUCAAGUAAUUCAUAUAGAGCUUGGAAAGGUUUCUUCCAGAGGAUCUGGAAUAGUCUACCAAUUUACAGAUGGGUUCAAUUAGAAGGAAACAAUGCCUACCAUUUGGUGCUGGCUCAAAUAAAACAUGAAAUAAAACAUUUUGGCAAA